UCCUCUUAUAAUGGAAGAAUCUCAUUUUAAAAUGAAGGGAUGAAUCAAGGCUUUGAGAUAUCUCUACACCGAAUAGAUCCUCAUACACUUUAAGAUGUUGUUCCUUUCUAAGUACUUCCCACGAGUAAAACGUGUUGUUAACUCCCUCCUUCAAGGAAGAAGUUGGUCCAAUCAGCGGUUGCCUCCACGUUCCCGCGCCUAAACCUUAAAGCCUUGGCGUCGUCCGCAAUCAUUUCUUAAAUCGCAGGUCUGCGAUCGUAGCCAUAUUGUUGGUACGCGAUUUUCACGCGAUUUUCGCUCAAGAUUAUCAUUGAUCUCUGAUAUCAGUAAACAAGAUAAAGUGCCGCUAUUUAAUGAGAUUAUGUGGUUUAACACAAAUACACUUCCGCAAACUGAAACCAUUGAGUAUAUGUGAAAGAAGGAAAGAAAGAGAGAGAGAUAGUUACAACAACACGUAGUAAGCUAAAUCAAUUAACAAUCCAGAGAGAUGUGUAAGAAUGUUUAUCCCUGUCGUUGUACGGUGCGGUGUGGCCACGGACGACAAGGUUUCACUGGAAUGCCCCACUCGAUGUUACGGCACUGCGCCUUGUGAAAUGCGGCGGCCCCGCAGCGAGAAAAACGGGGGCCCGGCUGAGCGCAUUAGCUCUCGGGAGUGCAAUAUCGCUAGUAUGCUCAGGAUUUCGUAACGAAAAUAAGUGUCCAUGCGGCCAAUAUUUAUCCUAUUCUUUCGCAAAACUAUGCUUUCGUGCUUUAAUCCGAUUGUUAACAGCUGGAACGUGAGCAUACCACGCGAUCGUUCGGAGUUACGGCAUAAACCGAGGACGUCGACUCUUUAAUACCGAGACGAAGCCAAGGUUGUUCGUGAACACGAAUACGGGAUUCGUUCGAUGUGUUCAGAUAAUUUAACUCUAAAGAUCUUGUCAGGAUUGUUCGAAUUCUCGUAAUUACAAUUUCAUUAAAAGUGGUAGAGUAUGUUGCACUGAACGAUAUACAAGACACCGCGGAAGACAAGGCGUGUAAAAUAUUGGAUAAAAGGGAAGUUUAGAGAAAUUUAUAAGGUGACAGUGAUACGAAGAGAAAUCUUAGGAAGAGAAAGAAAAGGAAAAGGGGAGAAGUUUGGUAGACGGUAAGAUAAGACUCGCGGAGGUAAGACAUAUCGCGUGGGCCACCUCUUAAGUAGUAUAUCCGAUCUGAAGAGAGAGCAGGAGAGCAAGAGAAAGAGAGACCGUACGGCGACCCAGAUUUUAGCGGGUCGAACGAGGCAGGUCGACACGAAGAAGUCACGGUGGACUUUCUGAAAUGGGACACAGCGCAGCCUGGAGCUAAAUUAGCCGCGAUGUCCAAUAAGAGUAAGUCCCAGCCGCAGCAGCAGCAGCAUCCUUCGCACGUGAUCAAGUCGACAGUGGAGCAAGUGCCACCGCGAUAUCAGCCACCACCGCAGCCAACCAGCGGUAUCCUCAAGAAUCAUCCUCAUUUUGGUACAGGCCCUUCUGUGCCAACCUCGGUGUCUACCACUGGUCAAGGUCCCGUCGCGACCUUGAAUCAUCAUCAACCCGUCCAAUCACGACCUGUGCCGCAACAGAAGGAUGUGCAGAGUAAAUAUUCACCGAGGAUAGAGCAUCGACAUCAUCCUCAAGGCGGAAACACUUUGACUGCAUCCGUCCCUAAAACACAACCUCAUAGCUACCUUCAGGCCAAGGUCGGCCAAGGUCAGUACCUGCCACCUAACGGUCAAUAUCCCACGGUAAACACUGCACAGACACCGCCGCUUAGACAAAGGAUCACCGACGACGAGUUUCUAAGGCUCGGUCCUGUGGAGAUGCUCAAAUUUGUUCGGAAGACCGAGAGCGAUAUCGCAAGGCUCGCCGCCGAGCAGAAUCGACAGAUACAAAGCUUGCUUAGCGAGCUUCGGGCACUGAAAGAAGCAAACCAAAGAUUAAGCGAUGAUAAUCAAGAGCUGCGAGAUCUUUGUUGCUUUCUGGAUGAUGAUCGACAGAAGGGUCGAAAGUUAGCGAGGGAAUGGCAAAGAUUUGGAAGAUAUACGGCGAGUGUUAUGCGUCAGGAAGUAUCCGCUUAUCAGAAUAAAUUGCGUCAAUUGGACAACAAACAGCAAGAAUUAAUCAAAGAUAAUUUAGAGCUAAAGGAACUUUGCCUUUAUUUGGAUGAAGAGAGAGGAGGUGGUCAAAGAGAUGAUGGAGAUGGUUCAAGUUCAAGUACGAAUGCCGAAGAAACCGCGCCCCCGAGACCAAGGCAUGCAUCUACGUUUAAUGACCAAACUAUGCAGUACGUAAGGAGUUUAGAACAACGGGUAAAGCAGCUCGAAGAAGAUAAGAGUCUUUUACAAGCAAGAGCGCAGGGUUGGGAAGUACCAUCUGGUGAAACCUGGGAAAAUCAAAACAGCCCAGGCGAAAAUCCUCACAUAGGAGGCCGACCAGAAGCAGUGGUACGAGCUCUUCAGGUUCUCGAAGUUAGAGAACAACUAGAAAGAGAAGGCGGUCACGACGGAGAAAAGGCCUUGGUUAGAGAAAUGUGCAAUGUUGUUUGGCGGAAAUUGGAAGAAGGUCCACAAACGAGGCAUUGAUAAUCGUAUUGUAAGCGCGAUUAAUUAAACUAUAGCCGUUGCGAAAUCUGUUAAUUCAGAUAUCGUAUUUAAUAGUAUUAUAGUGUUUAAUUCGAAUGUUAUGAAUUUUACGCAUGUACCUACAACUAUUUUGAUGUAAGAAUCAAUGUGCCUAGUUUACAGUAUUUAUAUGAACAUUGUAGAGUCGUUAGGUUGCCUACAUAA